GGUGUUCUGCACGGCUUUCGUCUUCUGCACCACAGAAAGCUCAUGCCAACAAGAUAUUCUCCUUGUAGCAAGCCCUUCUGCAGCGAGAUACUGAAUCCCUCCUGGAUCUCCUGGGUUGCACAAUUUGCUUCCCGGAUUUUGCGGGCGGGACGGGCAUGUGUGAGGGCAUCCUCUGAAGGGACCCUGCUCAGCGCAGCUGCAGGCAUGCCUUCGAAAUAUCCCAAGCAAUGCCUGCUCGAGCACAAAGCACUCCUGGAAGGGGGUCGUUUCGGCUCGGACUCUUCCCGACGCUAUGCGUAAUAUGUUUGCUGACCUUCGCUGUCAGUCAAACAUACGGGCAACACGGCGUUGAUGGUUCCAAUGACGAACCACAGGCGCUCCCUCGGCCCGGUCUCGCUGCAUCGCGCGACGCUGAUCCUUCUCAUGGCUUGAUACCUUCGCUUACCAUUUCCAACGCCGGAGACUUGAAGCUCCUGGACAUUGCCAUGGUGACAUGCACUGAUGGCUCUCUCCAUGGCGUUGAACGCGACACUGGCAAUAAAGUCUGGUCGAUCACAUCACAGGCGUCGCAAAUUCAAAGCGAUUUCGGACCGUCGAUCAGGUCAAGCUACGGCCCUCGGAAGCUCUCCUUUGCUGAAAUGAUGGGCGAGGCCCGAAUUUUCGAUCCUGCAAAGGGCGCUUCCGAGGAUUCUGGACUAUACGUCCUAGAACCCACCGGCAAUGGUGACAUCUACAUUCUCGUCGCCACUGGCAGGGAUACUCACGAUGCCGACGCCGCGCCCCAUGUGGAAGGGCCCAGACGCGGUCUGAAGCUCAGAAAACUGCCACUCAACGUACCCCAACUCAUUACUUUAUCGCCCUUCUCCUUUCCCGGCGAUGAUUCGAGAGUCUUCAUCGGAAAGAAGGAAUCAAGAUUGGUUGAAGUCAACGCAAGGACAGGCGAGAUAGGCGCCAUCUACGGAGGGGAUGCAAUUUUUCCAGCCUCCCCUGAGCGACAAAAUCAUGAGCAGAAUCAUCGCCUGUCAGACCAUCAAUUACGGGUAAACCCUGGAGAUCCAUCCUCUGAAGGCGAGUGGGCGUUGAUCGGCCGGACUGAUUACUCACUGUCCAUCCAUGCCAAGCACGAUCCCUCAUACACACAGACGCUCCACUUAAGUCUCUACACGCCGAAUUUGGCCGAUCGCGACAUUCUUUCAGCAUGGUCCAGUAUGAACUAUCCGGACUCUCGUAGGUUACUGAGCCUGCCCGAAGAAAGUUCCCUACUCUGUCUAGACAUGUCGUCAAGUCGAUCCCACGAGACUAAAUCGGAAGGUGCUCUAUGGACAUCAAACUUUGAGAGUUCGGUUGCAUCUAUCUUUGAUUUCGUCAAAGUCGAACCAAGCACUGGCCAAGACGGCAACGCCACGCCUCACAGUGCGUCGAGGUCUCGGCCUGUGCUGAUUCCGCAUCCAACCGUCGAUGUCUCAAGCAUUAUUAUCGAACACCCAGCGAGAUCACAUCUCGAAGGAGAUGCAAAAGACAUCUUUCUCGGCUUUUCUGGAGACUCGCUCUUUGCAAUGAGUUCCGAUAGAUAUCCUUUGGUCGUCUUGUCGCCGCCGGCCCCCUUGUCUCACAUUCUUGAUGGGUCGGCCAAGUCAGGCGCGAAUGGUCACCAGCACGAUUUGACUUGGCAUGAUGCUCCGAGCCGUAGAGGCUGCGGCGGCAUCUCCUGCUGGACGGGUGCAUAUCGAGUCCAGAACGAUGAUGUGGCCGAAUGGGCCAUGAGGGAGGCUCUGCUGGGCUCUGCACCGUUGCUUGGCAUUGGGGGCAGAGAGGUUGAUCAUGCAUCGUCAAGGACGGCUUUUACACCCAUUAUUUAUGCACCUCCGUCAAGUGAUCGAGCCGGAUCAAGCGCUCCGGAUGCUCGUUCGGAUGACGUCAGGCGCAGCCCUAAUUCAACGCUCUCAACCUUGCUUCUCCAGGCCGUCCUUAUCAUCUCCGUCACAUUAGUAUCGUGGGCCAUCUGGACGGGUCUCCGGCUUCAGGAACGCCAAAAAGCGAUCGAAGCAAAGGCCUUCGUAGAGUCCGUCAUUUACGUCCCUAUACACCCGCCCAGUGCCGAUGGCACCCGACUUCCUUUGGAAGCAAGUGGAGCUUCGCCGGAAAUCCGGAAAGUAAGUCAACGUGUCAUUGCUGAGGGGAAAGCAGUGCAGGACAACAAUCAGGACGCUGGUGAGCAGCCGCAGGCAAAUGUGCAAGAUCAACAUGAGAUGGUUGAGUCAGGGAAAAGCAGCGUUGCGAAGCGGCGGCGGCGAGGAAAACGCGCCGGUCAAGCCGUAGCUGCGAAGCUGGCCAAAGUGAAAGAGACUUGUCUCGAAGAAGUUCACCAGGAACACAUUGAGCCGCCGCCAGAUCGGAAACCGCAUGAGACAUCGGGGCGCAUAAACCCAGCAGCAGUGCACGACCCACGCUCAAGACCGCUCCCCAACGGCAGCCCGGACAACACAAUCGCAGUCAAGACCGCUACCCAGAUAGCUCCUCCACAACCAGAUGCGGCUGCAAUCAUGGCAACGAAGCCCGCCGAAGUGUCAAAUUCGACACUGACUCUCUCAGACGAAGUGCUUGGAUACGGCUCUUCUGGCACUGUGGUCUUCAAGGGUACUUUUCAAGGGCGAGCGGUGGCAGUCAAACGGCUUCUGAAGGACUUUGUUUCGGUGGCAUCCAAAGAGGUUUCACUGCUGGAGUCUGCUGAUGAUCAUCCUAAUGUCGUGCGAUAUUUCUACAAGGAGAUGACAGAGAGCUUCCUAUAUAUUGCGCUCGAAUUGUGCUCUGCGACACUGGCAGAUGUCAUCGAGAAGCCUUUGGACUACCGUGACCUCGGAAACCAGCUCGAACCAAAGCGCGCACUUUCACAGAUCACCCACGGCCUUCUUCAUCUGCAUAACUUGUCCAUUGUGCAUCGUGAUCUCAAGCCCCAGAACAUUCUCGUCACCCUGACUACGAAGGGCAAGCUGAAGAUGCUGCUUUCAGAUUUCGGCUUAUCCAAGAAACUUGAUGGAUUCGCGCAGUCUAGCUUUUCUCAGACCGUAAACAAUCCCGGCGGGACUGUCGGUUGGAGAGCGCCAGAGAUCUUGCGUGGCGAAGUAUCAAUGGAUGCGGGGAGCGAGAGCACGGAGGCAUCAUCUGAAUUGCCGGUAGAAAAACCCUCAAAUGAGGAGAAGACGAAACUAACUAGAGCGGUGGAUAUUUUCGCUCUCGGAUGCAUAUACUACUAUCUUUUGUCCAAUGGUGAUCACCCCUUCGGAUCGCGAUUCGAACGCGAGCUGAACGUGUUGCGAGGUCGAGUCGACUUGACCCGUCUUGAUACUCUUGGCGAAGAAGGCAAUGAGGCAAAACAUCUCAUCUUCAACCUCAUCAACUCGGACCCGACGCAAAGAGCCUCCGCCCAAGACAUCAUCUCGCAUCCUUAUUUCUGGGAUUCUAGCAAGCGUCUGUCAUUUCUCACGAAUGCCAGCGACCGCUUUGACACAAUGGAGCGUGAUCCGCCAGCGCCAGCGCUCGUCUCACUAGAGAGUGGAGCACUGGAUGUCAUUGGGAAAAAUUGGCAGCGCCGACUCGAUCAGGCUUUUGUCCAAGACCUCGGCAAAUUCAGGAGCUACGACCCUAAGAAGUUGCAAGAUCUAUUGAGGGCGAUGAGGAACAAGAGUCAUCACUUUCAAGAUAUGCAGCCCCGUCUGCAACAGAUUUUGGGGCCUUUGCCGGAAGGCUUUUUGAAUUACUUCACACAGCGCUUUCCAAAACUGUUCUUGCACGUGUAUGCCGUCAUUAUUGAGCAGCCGCUGUUGCAGCAUGAGGCCAGGUUCAAAAUAUUCUUUCAGAGCGACCAGGAGUAAGCUAAGCACACGUCGGAGAGCAAAGUGUAUCAUAGUUCAUUGUAUCCUACCGGCCAGCGAUUGGUC